UCUCUCUUUCGCGUCGGAGGCAAAGAGUUGCGAUUCAGUAAAGCGUUCUGUCGCAGAAAUCUACCUCUCGCCAGUAUAUCGCACUUAAUUGAGAAAAUUGUGAAAUUAAAACUUAUGGUUUUGAUGCUUCAAUGGAUUCAAUUUGAAACGCGUUGUUGUAGUGACGAUUAUUGAUUUUCCGGUUUUUGCCAUUCGUUUGAAUGGAUUGGUAGUUAGUUUCGCUAAUUUGCAUUUUUUUGUCUGUGCUGAUAAGCAAAUAAGACUGUGACUGCAUUAUUGCCAUAAAAAGUCAUAAUAAUAAGUGUCCGUUAAGGUGAUUCGAUUACGUAUUGCAACACAAACUGUAUAUGCAGAGUAGGCCACGAGUGCAUCAGCUGUUCCAUCGCGCCUACUUAAUCGAUAGUGAUUUUAGCUCAAUGAGCACAUUUUUGCAUUCGGAAAGUUUAACAUAAAGUCAAUCUGGUAUCAACCUUAUAAUGGCGGCGCCUGCGGAGGAUAAAAAUAAUGACAACAUGAAAUCGCUGGGGUGGAAGUUUCUGCACAAAGAAACCUUCGGUGUUGGUGAACGUGCCAACUAUGUAAACAGCCCACAUGUCAUUGCGAUGGUAGGGCUGCCUGCCCGCGGCAAAACUUACAUUUCCAAGAAGCUGUCCCGCUACCUGAACUGGAUCGGUAUCAACACGAAGGUAUUCAAUCUGGGCGAGUACCGGCGACACGCCACCGAUGCCUACCGAAGUCAUGAGUUUUUCCGACCGGACAAUGAAGUGGCGAUGGCCAUCCGACAGCAUUGCGCCGAAAUGGCCCUGCAGGACGUUUGCCAGUGGUUGGAGAAUGGCGGUGAAGUGGCGGUAUUUGACGCUACCAACUCGACCCGCGAACGUCGUCGCAUGAUAAGGGAAAUCAUCGUACACAAAAUGGGCUUCAAACUGUUCUUCGUCGAAUCGAUCUGCGAUGAUCCAAGGAUCAUCGAACAGAACAUCAUGGAAGUGAAAGUCAGCAGCCCGGACUACCGCAACAUGAACAUGGACGAGGCCCUUAACGAUUUCCGCCUCCGAAUCGAACACUAUCAGGAACGCUACGAACCGCUGGUCGAGGAAAUCGAAACAAACCUGUCGUACAUGAAGAUCUACAACACCGGCGAGAAGGUGGUCGUUCACAAGCACGAAGGCCACAUCCAGUCGCGAAUCGUGUACUACCUGAUGAACAUUCACAUUACACCGAGAACGAUCUACCUGACACGGCACGGUGAAAGUGAACACAACCUCAAGGGACUGAUCGGAGGCGAUUCGAUACUGAGCGACCGGGGACGUCGCUAUUCGCAGGCCUUGGCAAAAUACAUCGAAGAACAGCAAAUAGAGGGUCUGCGGGUUUGGACCUCGUGGCUGAAGCGCACAAUCCAGACCGUCGCGGACGUUACCGCACCCCAGGAACGCUGGAAGGCCCUGAACGAGAUCGACGCCGGCAUCUGCGAGGAAAUGACCUACGAACAGAUCCAGUCCAAUUUCCCGCAGGAGUUCAAGGCGCGAGAUCAGAACAAAUUCGCCUACCGUUACCCACGCGGCGAAAGUUACGAAGACUUGGUGGUCCGGCUGGAACCGGUCAUGAUGGAGCUCGAACGACAGGGUAACGUGCUGGUGGUGUCACAUCAGGCCGUCCUUCGAUGUGUGUUGGCGUACUUUUUGGAUAAAACGGCAGAUGAACUCCCCUAUCUUAAGGUACCGCUGCAUACGAUCAUUAAGCUAACGCCGGUAGCAUACGGUUGUAAGGUUGAACACAUCAAGCUACCGAUCGACGCGGUGGAUACUCACCGUGCAAAACCAGAGAUACCCGAAGACGACACCGCCGGCGGCAGUAGCAAUGUCGUCACGCCGGAUGGUUCGCCCACGAAUGGGAAUUGCUCGCGAUGAAUCGCCGAAGAUCAUCCAUGAGAGCGAAACUAAUUGGCAUUCGCAUUUUAACAAGAAAAAAAAAACAUUUUAGUUAGAGAGGGAGACACUAUUCCACAUUGUCUUAUUAGCGGAUCAAAACUGCACUGAAAGUCCGAUCGAGUUCAAUCAACCUGUGCUAACAAUCUUAGUGUCUACUGAUAAUGAACCAUAAAUGUUUAAGUGUCUAAUAUCAUGUGUCGCUGCACAUUUUUUAUUAAUAAUUCUUAGGUGUUAGGUACUUAUCAUAUCAUUUUUAUUAAAUAUUCAGAAAGUUGUUCAAAAUUUGAUACAGUAAUGUUGAUUAAUAAAUGGAAGCUUCAAGAAAAAAGUAAAA